AUGGACAUGCCUUCUUCUUCAAGAAGCUCUGCUACGACCUCCCAUGGCGCUUCAUCUUCUCCUUACAGGGGCGUUCGAAAGAGGAAGUGGGGCAAAUGGGUGUCUGAAAUCCGUGAGCCAGGCACCAAAACCAGAAUUUGGCUUGGAAGCUUCGAGACAUCGGAGAUGGCCGCGACAGCCUACGACGUUGCCGCUCUUCACUUCCGAGGUCGUGAUGCCAGGCUCAACUUCCCGGAGCUCGCCACAAGCCUUCCCCGUCCGGCGACCAAUAAUGCCGACGACAUUCGCAUGGCCGCACAUGAGGCUGCUUUGAGGCUGAGGACCAAUCCAGCAGCAGAAGGGGACGUGGUCGACCCAUCUGCCGGUGCCGUCGGCAUCCGUGGUGGGGUGGCGCCAGCCACCGUGAGGCUGUCACCGACACAGAUUCAGGCGAUCAAUGAGUCGCCAUUGGACUCACCGAAGAUGUGGAUGCAAAUGUCUGAGACACUGAUGCUGGAUGAACAGUAUCCGACGACGUUUGGGGAAAAUGAUGAUGAGACAUGGGAGAAUAUGCAGAGUGAUUCUCUUUGGGGUCCUUAA